AUGGCACCUGCCGGCUGCUGCUGCUGCUACUGCUGGGGCGGAGCUGUGGCCGCUGCGGGCGCCGCGGGGCGCGUCCUGGUGGUGGUGCUGCUGCUGGGGGUCCUGUCCCCCGGGUCGCGAUCGGGCGCCCUGGCCACGGAACACUACUCGCCACUGUCUCUGCUCAAGCAGGAACUGCAGCACCGGCAGCAGCAGGAGGCCCCGGCGGGCGGUGGCGGCUGCAGCCCGCCGUCCGGGGACUGGGGGGACCAGUACUCGGCUGAGUGCGGCGAGUCAUCCUUUUUGAACUUCCAUGAUCCAGAUUGCGAACCCAAAGGAUCGCCACCCUGUGACUCGUUGCUUUCCCUCAACACUGAAAAGAUUCUGAGCCAGGCCAAGUCUAUUGCAGAACAAAAAAGAUUCCCGUUUGCUACUGAUAAUGACAGCACAAAUGAAGAGUUAGCUAUUGCUUAUGUGUUGAUUGGCAGUGGUCUCUAUGAUGAAGCAAUAAGACAUUUUUCCACAAUGCUUCAGGAGGAGCCUGAUCUGGUUAGUGCAAUUUAUGGCCGAGGGAUAGCCUAUGGAAAGAAGGGACUACAUGACAUUAAGAAUGCUGAGCUUGCUCUGUUUGAACUGAGCCGAGUAAUUACCUUGGAACCAGAUCGUCCAGAGGUAUUUGAGCAGCGUGCAGAAAUUCUGUCUCCUCUGGGAAGAAUUAAUGAAGCAGUGAAUGAUCUCACUAAAGCUAUUCAGCUUCAACCGUCAGCACGGCUAUACAGACAUCGGGGGACCCUCUACUUCAUCUCAGAAGACUAUGCAACAGCCCAUGAAGAUUUUCAGCAGUCCUUAGAAUUGAACAAAAACCAGCCUAUAGCUAUGCUAUACAAAGGUUUAACUUUCUUUCACAGAGGACUUUUAAAGGAAGCUAUUGAAUCCUUCAAAGAAGCUUUGAAGCAAAAAGUUGAUUUUAUUGAUGCAUAUAAAAGUUUGGGGCAGGCCUAUAGAGAGCUGGGCAAUUUUGAAGCAGCCACUGAGAGCUUUCAAAAGGCACUAUUGCUCAACCAAAAUCAUGUACAGACCCUCCAACUCCGAGGAAUGAUGCUUUAUCACCAUGGCAGCUUACAGGAAGCCCUUAAAAACUUCAAGCGGUGCCUACAGCUUGAGCCUUAUAACGAGGUGUGCCAGUAUAUGAAAGGACUUAGCCAUGUUGCAAUGGGACAGUUUUAUGAAGGGAUAAAAGCACAAACUAAAGUUAUGCUGAAUGAUCCCCUCCCAGGUCAGAAGGCUAGCCCAGAGUAUCUUAAAGUAAAAUAUCUGCGAGAGUAUUCUCGAUAUCUCCAUGCACACCUUGAUACGCCCCUUACGGAAUAUAACAUUGAUGUGGAUCUGCCUGGAAACUUUAAAGACCACUGGGCUAAAAAUCUGCCUUUCCUCAUAGAAGACUAUGAAGAGCAGCCAGGAUUGCAACCCCACAUAAAAGAUGUGUUACAUCAGAAUUUUGAGAGUUAUAAGCCUGAAGUACAAGAACUGAUUUGUGUAGCUGAUCGUUUGGGAUCAUUAAUGCAAUAUGAAACUCCUGGUUUCCUUCCAAACAAGAGGAUACACAGAGCCAUGGGUUUGGCAGCAUUGGAAGUCAUGCAAGCUGUGCAACGUACAUGGACCAACUCGAAGGUUCGCAUGAAUGGAAAAACACGACUAAUGCAGUGGAGAGACAUGUUCGAUAUCGCAGUGAAGUGGAGACGGAUUGCUGACCCAGACCAGCCAGUGCUGUGGUUAGAUCAAAUGCCAGCACGAAGUCUGAGCAGAGGUUUCAACAACCACAUUAAUUUAAUCAGGGGUCAGGUGAUUAACAUGAGAUACCUGGAAUAUUUCGAGAAAAUUCUUCAUUUUAUUAAAGAUAGGAUUCUUGUUUAUCAUGGAGCUAAUAAUCCUAAAGGAUUGUUGGAAGUUAGAGAAGCUCUGGAAAAGGUACACAAAGUAGAAGACCUUCUUCCAAUUAUGAAGCAGUUUAAUACUAAAACAAAGGAUGGAUUUACUGUGAACACCAAAGUUCCCAGCCUCAAAGAUCAAGGGAAGGAAUAUGAUGGAUUUACAAUUACUAUCACAGGCGACAAGGUUGGCAAUAUACUAUUUUCUGUGGAAACUCAAACCACAGAAGAAAGAACACAAUUAUAUCAUGCUGAAAUAGAUGCACUUUAUAAAGAUCUAACAGCAAAAGGAAAAGUACUCAUUCUUUCGUCAGAAUUUGGGGAGGCUGAUGCCGUUUGUAACUUAAUCUUAUCCUUAGUUUACUACUUUUAUAAUUUAAUGCCACUCUCUAGAGGAUCCAGUGUAAUAGCUUACUCAGUGAUCGUGGGAGCACUGAUGGCAAGUGGAAAAGAAGUGGCAGGAAAAAUUCCCAAAGGGAAGUUAGUCGACUUUGAAGCUAUGACAGCCCCUGGUUCAGAGGCCUUUAGCAAAAUAGCUAAAAGCUGGAUGAACUUGAAAAGUAUUUCACCUUCUUAUAAGACCCUUCCAUCAGUGUCAGAGACGUUCCCAACGUUAAGAUCGAUGAUCGAGGUGCUAAACACUGACUCCUCUCCACGUUGUCUUAAGAAACUCUAGUUAUACUGUGGUAUUUAUACAAGUAAAGGGCCGGACCUCUUGCUUAAGUUAUUUUUUAAACAUGGAAUUGUAAAAGAAAUUAGGUCCUUUAUUACUUUUGAUACCAAUUUUUGAUAGGAAUUGAAUACUUGAAUCAUUUUCUUUACUUUUCUGAACCAUGACAAAAAUCAUGAAAGAAGGUUUGUUUUUUGGUUUUUUUUUUUUCGGGGGAAAAAGCUAUUUGUCUGGGAGGAAAACUGUAUGUAUUAGCCAAUGGUCUGUUGGUUUCCACUUCACAAAGGCCUACAGUUCCUUCCUUACAGCAAAAAAGUUUACUUCAAAAACCAAAAAGUAGUAAUUAAAAGGAAGAAAACCAACAGUAAAACAGGAGUGUCUUCAUUCCUUGAAAGAUAUGGAUAUUUUUCAAAGACUUUCUUUUUAUGUGCAUUGUGAUAGCGCAUCUUGUUUUUCACAUAACCUCCAUGUGCGGAUACCUUGUUGUAUUUGAACUGUGGAAGGUUUGCGGGCCAUGAACACAUGCCACAGAGCCCACAGCCUGGAACACUGAUCUUGAAUGAUGCUGACAGUAUUUGCCAAUGACCCAAACACUGAAUUAUUGAACCAUGUUUUUUCUCUUUUUUUUUUUGAAAAAAUAAACAGGAGUGAUUUGUAUUUGUUGGAAAAAAUAAACAGGGGUGAUUUCUAUAAGUCACCAGUUUUUGACACUGGAUUAUGUAUGCUUUUAUUUUGUGAACUACUUGCACUUUCAGGUGUGAGAACGUACUGAGUAUUAUUUUUUUUUAUUUUCAGACAGGGUAAAUAAAUGACGGUGAGCAAAAUGGGUUCAUUAAAC